AUGAAUAACAACGUAAUAAAUCAAAUAGAUGAAGCUGAUGAAGCCGAUGAUAUUUUAUCUCAUGAAGAUACGGAUUCAGAAGGAUAUAUCGAAGAAGAUGAAGAAGAUAUUGUUAGACCGGAUGUUGCCCAUCAGCAAAAUAAUCAAAAUGUCAUCAAUAUAGAUGAAGAGAAUAUCGAUGAAGAGGAUAUAGAUGAAGAGGAUAUUGUCCGCCCACAAAAUGAUCAAAAUGUGAUCAAUAUACAUGAAGAGAAUAUCGAUGAAUUAGUAGCAAGAUUAUUUAAUGCUUUUCUAGCCCUACAAAUAGAACUAGCUCACCGUGAUCAGAGAAGAAACGAUCAUGAAGUAAAUCAUCCUAGGGUUGUAGCAAAUAAUCGUGAAGUAAAUCAUCCCAUAGUUGUAGCAAUAGACAAUAGAGAUAAUGCUAACGAGCAUGCAGUAUAUAAUAUUGAGAAUAAUGGUGAUAACCAAGUUAUCAAUAACAAUGAUGACGAUAAUGAUAAUGAUAACGAAGAUUUUGUUGGCAGCAAAAGCAGAGUAAAAGAUGUAAGAAGUCUUAUAAUAUACAUCUACAGCUUGCUGGUGUCUCAAUGCCAGCUAACAUUUAUGGGUUUGUGUGAGGCUCUGAUAAAGCUAUCAUUUAUUGGCAUUGCAACUUACUUCCUCUUUCCAUACAAGUUUUUUAUCUUUUUGAUAUCGCUCUUCUUUAAAGACGUAAGAGAUACUUUUAAAAAGAUCUACAGAAAUCCCCUAAUGAAUUGCUGGGUUAUCUAUAUAGAAUUAUUCUGUUAUAUUCUUUAUGAUUGGGCAGGUAUGUUACUUAAUUCUCUAUAUAUAACUUGCUUUAUAUUUUUAUACUGGCUAGUAAGCUCGAUUACAUCUCGCAAAUAUUUAGAUGCUUUAGCCAUCAUAAUAGGAUUAGUCUCUAUUUAUGCGCUGUCUCUUAGCAGCUACUGGAUAGAGAACAUACACAAUGGCUUCCAAUGGAUACUCUUGUUGCAGCUCACUAUUUUUGUAGCUUUAACCUUCGGCCUAGGAUUUAUAACAUCCUUUUUCAUUUUUUGUGAAAACUCUAUUAGAAAAACUUGGCAGUAUAAUAGCUAUUUAAGCCGUCACUUGUCAGCAAUAGAGGAAUGUAACCAGAGAUUACUUGCGGCAGAUAAGGAAAUAGAUGAGCUAAUUAUAGAAGAGCACAGGCUAAAUGAAGAAAUAGACGCAAUGCUUUUAAGGGUAGAUAUACCUCUAGAAGAAUUAGAAAGAAUAAGAUUAGAUAGGAAUGAAAUUACUAUAAGAAUAGUACAAAAGCAGAUAGAAAAUCAAAGAACAGAGGGAGAAAAGUUAAAUCUAGAAAUUGAAAAUCAAAGAAGAUUUCUUGAUGAUGAUCUUUAUAUUGGAAGAGGUCUGAGUGAAAUACUUUCAUUCAGUAAUACGCGAAAGAUUAUAGUCGAGCUCUUUAGAAGCUCGAAAUACAGCCUUAUAGCAGUAUCCGUCAUCGCAGGCUUUUCUGUUCUAUUUAUAAGCUGCUACUCUAGAUCAGAGCUCCCGCUGGCUAAGUAUAUUCUAUCAAUCUUUCCACCACAGGUUACUGAAAAGUUAAACGAUAUGGUAAUUUGGUUAGAAUCAGUAUAG